GGGCGCGCGCCCGCGCGGUGGGCGGGAAUCCUGAGGGGACGCGGAGGGGCGGGGUGAGGAGGCGUCUCCGAGGAGGAGCCCGCGGAGCGCGCCAGACCCAGACAGAGCCUCGCGGCGGCCACAGCAACAGGCUGCGGGCUCGGCUCGGGGGCGGAGGCGGCGAAGGGGCGGGGAGCGCGAGGAGGACCGAAGCGGCCCUGCCGCCGCCCGGUCCCCUCCACAUGGACGAGCACCUCAGCCUCCUGAGCUCGCCGCUGCCGCCCUCCGCCCCUCACCGCGCCCACCCUCCCCAGCACCCCGCCAACAGCGGCGGCGGCGGCGGCGUCCACAGCCUGGUCAACCCCGGCUACGCCGAGCCCGCCGCAGGCCCCGAGCUACCGCCCGACAUGACCGUGGUGCCCGGGGACCACCUGCCGGAGCCGGAGGCGGCCGACGGUGGCGGGGGCCCGCCUCAGGGCGGCUGUGGCGGCGGCGGCUGCGACCGCUACGAGCCGCUGCCACCCGCGCUGCCGGCGGCCGGCGAGCAGGACUGCUGCGGGGAGCGUGUGGUCAUCAACAUCUCCGGGCUGCGCUUCGAGACGCAGCUCAAGACCCUCUGCCAGUUCCCGGAGACACUGCUGGGCGACCCCAAGCGGCGCAUGAGGUACUUCGACCCGCUCCGCAACGAGUACUUCUUUGACCGCAACCGGCCGAGCUUCGACGCCAUCCUCUACUACUAUCAGUCUGGGGGCCGCAUCCGCCGGCCGGUCAACGUGCCCAUAGACAUCUUCUCGGAGGAGAUACGCUUCUACCAGCUGGGCGAGGAGGCCAUGGAGAAGUUCCGCGAGGACGAGGGCUUCCUGCGGGAGGAGGAGCGGCCCCUGCCUCGCCGCGACUUCCAGCGCCAGGUGUGGCUGCUCUUCGAGUACCCUGAGAGCUCAGGGCCAGCCCGGGGCAUCGCCAUCGUGUCGGUGCUCGUCAUCCUCAUCUCCAUUGUAAUAUUCUGCCUGGAGACGCUGCCCGAGUUCCGCGAUGAGAAGGACUACCCAGCCUCGCCGUCGCAGGAAGUAUUGGAGGCGACCAGCAACAGCACGUCGGGGGCCCCCGCGGGAGCCUCCAGCUUCUCGGAUCCCUUCUUUGUGGUGGAGACCCUAUGCAUCAUCUGGUUCUCCUUUGAGCUGCUGGUGCGGUUCUUUGCAUGCCCCAGCAAAGCCACCUUCUCGCGAAAUAUCAUGAACCUGAUAGACAUUGUGGCCAUCAUCCCGUAUUUCAUCACCCUGGGCACUGAGCUGGCUGAGCGACAGGGCAAUGGACAGCAGGCCAUGUCCCUGGCCAUCCUGAGGGUCAUCCGCCUGGUGAGGGUCUUCCGCAUCUUCAAGCUCUCCCGCCACUCCAAGGGGCUGCAGAUCCUGGGGCAGACGCUGAAGGCGUCCAUGCGGGAGUUGGGGUUGCUCAUCUUUUUCCUCUUUAUUGGGGUCAUCCUUUUCUCCAGCGCCGUCUACUUUGCGGAGGCAGACGACCCCACUUCAGGUUUUAGCAGUAUCCCAGAUGCUUUCUGGUGGGCAGUGGUAACCAUGACAACAGUAGGUUACGGUGACAUGCACCCAGUGACCAUAGGAGGCAAGAUUGUGGGAUCCCUCUGUGCCAUCGCCGGUGUCUUGACCAUUGCCUUGCCAGUCCCUGUGAUUGUUUCCAACUUCAAUUACUUUUACCACCGAGAGACAGAAGGGGAAGAGCAAGCCCAGUACAUGCACGUGGGAAGUUGCCAGCACCUCUCUUCUUCGGCUGAGGAGCUCCGAAAAGCAAGGAGUAACUCCACUCUGAGUAAGUCGGAGUAUAUGGUAAUCGAAGAGGGGGGUAUGAACCAUAGCACUUUCCCCCAGACCCCUUUCAAAACGGGCAAUUCCACUGCCACCUGCACCACGAACAAUAAUCCCAACUCCUGUGUCAACAUCAAAAAGAUAUUCACAGAUGUUUAAUAUAUGAUACAAGUGCUCGCAGUAUUGUGUGGAACGUACCCCCUUGGUCUGUGUAUGCCCUUGUUUUAUACAUCUCCAGACCAUUCAUCAAGGAAAGGACGUGAAGAAGUGGGACACACACUUCAUUCUCCCUCUCCCUGCUGCUUCAUACUGAAACAGUGCCUGUUUUGCAAGUGGGCUGCAUUCUCUCAGCUCGUCUUUAUUCCCCCUCUCUCUUUUGACAUGAUGAACAACAAACUUAACAUUAAACUUGAUUUCUAGUACACACCCUAUUUUAAAAACAGUACAUCUGGGAGGAAAUGAAACUAAAGAACAGUUAGCAUUAACUGUUUAACCUCAAACUUUAAAACGUCAGUUGUUUCUUUACUAAGUAAAACACACAAAUUCUUAAGUGAUGCUUUGGUUUGAUGGACCCUUCAACAUUAUUUAUUAAAUAUUUAGUUCAAUUGCCUACCCUGUGGAUACUGGAUGAAAUAUCUAACUAGAACAAUGACUUGUAACCACACACAUCCCCAUAAGUUUAUUUGGUUUUUGAGACUGGACUUAACUUUUUGAAUCCCCCCUCCUGGAACUUUAAGGGUCUCCACAACUUUGCAUAAAGGAAAAUGCCCAGGAUGUGCUCAUCUGACUAGUUAGUUUAACUCUUUGGGGCUUGAUAUGCAUUUUGAAAGUAUCAUACUAAUAGUUACCUAUGAAGUUCUGUGUAUUAUGUCCCAGCUAACAUCUCUCAAAGUCUGGAAACAGAUGUUUUCAGCGCUGCUGAGGAAAAGAAAAAUCUCCUAAUGCAUCUAAGAGAUAAGCUUCUGCAGUAUCACAAGAAGAUUAAAGUGGCAGACACCCCUUCCAGCGGAAGUUACUAAUUUGGACCUGACUGAUGCAGUUCCCAUAGCAACCUGGGUUUCCUGGGAAACCCGAAAAAGGUUGUCAUGGCAUCUCUUGCUCUGUAGCCCCACCCGCCAGCCCCUGCCGUUUCCACAGUAACCUUUCCAGAUGGUUCCUACUUACAUGAUUUCAUAAGGAAAACCAUUGUUUGAAUAAACCGCACAAAAAUUUAAGUCUGAGACUCUAACGAGGUGAAAUAAAUUGUGAAAUGUAUUUUUUAACUACAAAAAUCCUUGAUGCCAUCUCAUAAUGACUGAAUCAAGAAGGAAAAUAUGGUGUUUGGAAUGUCAGAUAUAUACCACACUAAGUCAUGAUCUGAAUUAAAUGCCAGUUAGUAGGCAAUAAUUUUAAAAGAUGGGUCUCUACAGUUUUUUUCUCCAAGAAAUUUCAAGACAACAAAUGAUAUUAAAAAGCAAAUGUAAAAGUGUCCUAUACAUAAACAGAUUCAACCAGUCUACCCAAAACCUUACUACAAGGGACCUUCAGACUUCCUCUU